AUGGCGGCAGGCGCAAGAGUUUUGGCAGUUGCAUUUCUUUUGCUGAUCAGCAUUGAGCUAAUUGCCGCUGGAAGAGCUGCCAUCAUGGGUGCCGCAGGGGGAGGUGGUUAUGGGCGGGGUGGUGGGGGAGGGGGAGGAGAAGGUGGCGGGUCGGGAUUUGGAUCCGGUGUUGGUAAUGGAUACGGGCAUGGAUCCGGAUUUGGAUCUGGAUAUGGAUCCGGAAGUGGGGGCGGCGGCGGUGGCGGUGGCGGUGGUGGAGGUGGUGGUGGUGGUGGUGAAGGAGGAGGUGGUGGGUAUGGUCGUGGUGGCGGAUUCGGAUAUGGAUCUGGAUAUGGUAGCGGAUCGGGUGGGGCAGACGGCGGCGGCGGCGGCGGCAGCGGUGGUGGGGGCGGUGGCGGAGGAGGAUCUGGUGAGGGUUAUGGGGGAGGAUCUGGUUACGGGUCUGGUUAUGGAUCCGGGUAUGGGGGUGGGCGAGGCUAG